AUGAGCGUCUCGGCGCUGUUCCUGCUGGAUGUGAAGGGGCGGCCGCUCAUAUACCGCGACUACCGCGGUGAGGUGUCCACCAAGCACGCUGAGAAGUUCAUAAUGAAGAUCAACGAGCUGGAAGACGCCGGGAAGCUGAGCCCCAUCAUCCACGAUGACGGCGUCACCUACAUAUACCUGCUGCACGUGAACGUGUACCUCCUGGCUGUCACCCGCGACAAUGUCAACGCGGCCAGCAUAGUGGUGUUCCUGCACCGGCUGGUGGACGUGUUCAAGCACUAUUUUGAGGAGCUGGAGGAGGAGUCCAUCCGCGACAACUUCGUGGUGGUCUACGAGCUGCUGGACGAGGUCAUGGACUAUGGCUACCCCCAGUUCACGGAGGCGCGCAUCCUGUCAGAGUACAUCAAGACGGACGCCUACAGAAUGGAGGUGGCGGCAGUGAAGCCUCCCAUGGCGGUGACCAACGCGGUAUCGUGGCGCAGCGAGGGCAUCCGGCACAAGAAGAAUGAGGUCUUCCUCGAUGUCGUGGAAAGUGUCAACCUCCUCGUGGGCAGCAGCGGGCAGGUGGUGAGCAGCGAGGUGGUGGGAACCCUCAAGAUGCGAACCUUCCUCAGCGGCAUGCCCGAGUGCAAGCUCGGGCUCAACGACAAGGUGCUGUUUGAGGCCCAGGGGCGCACCAACAGGCAGAAGGCUGUUGAGAUGGAGGACAUCCGCUUCCACCAGUGCGUCAGGCUGGCGCGGUUUGAGAAUGACCGCACCAUCAGCUUCAUCCCACCUGACGGCAACUUCGACCUGAUGACCUACCGGCUGAGCCAGAACAUCAAGCCUCUUGUCUGGGUGGAGUGCCUGGUGGAACACCCCUCACGCAGCCGCACGGACUACGUGGUGAAGGCGCGCUCACAGUUCAAGGAGCGGAGUGCGGCCACCAACGUGGAGAUCAUCCUGCCUCUGCCCCAGGACGCCAUCGUGCCGCAGAGCCGCUGCAGCCAGGGCACCGCGGUCUAUGCGCCAGAGAGGAGCGCCAUGAUCUGGACGAUCAAGAGCUUCCCGGGCGGCAAGGAGUACCUGCUGCGUGUCAACUUCAACCUGCCAAGCGUGGAGGCCGAGGAGGAGGUCCACGGGAAGAUGCCGCCCAUCAAGGUCAAGUUUGAAAUUCCCUACUUCACAGUCAGCGGCCUGCAGGUGCGAUACCUGAAAGUGAUCGAGAAGAGCGGCUACCAGGCGCUGCCCUGGGUGCGCUACAUAACCACCGCGGGCAACUACGAGAUCCGGAUGAUGUAG